AUGGCUUCUUCUUUCACCCCCUACAGCUUCGUCCAGUGUCCUUGCUACGACGCGGCGACACAUUCCCGUACCUCAAGCGGCAGAUCGUCGCCCACGUCUCAAAACACUCCCAACGAUGAUGACUGUGCAUUCGACCCGCGCGCUCCGAGGUCCAACUACAGCUUGUAUCCCAUAGAGCAUCUGCUGUACUGCGUCGACUGCAACCAGAUCCGAUGCCCGCGCUGUGUCACCGAGGAGCUCGUCACCAUCUACUGCCCCAGCUGUCUUUUCGAGGUCGGCGCCAGCAGUGUCAAGGCUGAAGGCAAUCGGUAUGUGCCACGCGUUCUAUAA